AGGGGAGGAGGCGGAGGCGGGAGCGGUGGCGGAGGCGGCGGCGGAGGAGGAGGGUAGGUUGCGCCCGGGACUGUGUCUGCCGAGCUCCGCGGCUGUGUCUGUGUGAGAGAAGGAGCGGCGCGGGGAGGCAGAAAGGAGCGCGGGCGAGCGCAGCGACGGGACGUCUCCGGCGGCCGCGGACGAGCGGUGGCUCUUGGUGUGGGGAAGCAGAGGCGGCAACAGCAGCAGCAGCAGCGGCGGCCGCCUUUCCGCCGCCGGGGACGCCGAGGCACGGCUGGUGGCACUGACAUCGGCGGCCCUGCCUCUUCUCUCUCGCCCCCGGCCCUCCCAUGUGAUCGGUCUUAAUCCCGGCAGAGUGCGCGCGUGGGGCUCCAUUCCGCGGUGCCCGGUCUCCUUGCCAGGGUGGGUGCUCCUGUGUGCGCUUCUCCUCCCCAUCCCCCUUCCCCCAAGAAUAAAAGAAGAACCAAGAGGCGUGCUUAGAAAAUAAAUAAAUAACCACCACACACGCGCAGCCCGGAGCGGAGUCGGCGGGGCUGGCGGCGGCGGAGGAGGAGUGAAGGCGGCGGCGGCGAAGCAGGAGGAGGAGGAGGAGGUGGAGGAGGUGGAGGAGGAGGGACGCGCGAGAAGGCAGUAACUUUAAAGCCAGCUCAGAGCCCAGACCUCCAGCCGAGCGGUUUGCAGCGCGGCGGCGGCAGCGUUGAGUGUCUGGCCCGCCGGUCCGGUCGGGGUGUGCAGUAGGACGGACGAGCAGCGCGUCGCUGUCCCCCGGCGGCUGGAGAUGUCCGAGCCCAAGGCAAUUGAUCCCAAGUUGUCGACGACCGACAGGGUGGUGAAAGUAAUACCAUGAUGUGACGGCUUUCUUGAUUUGUACUUCCAGAAUGCAACUUUAGAAAGUUGAAGAAAUGGAGACAGAAUAGAUAGAAUGGUCGGUCACAGGUGGGACUAGAAUGCAGCUGUCCCAUUUCCUCCAAGUCACCGGCUUACAGCAAAAGAAGUGUUUGAUAACGAUGGGAAACCCCGUGUGGAUAUCUUAAAGGCACAUCUCAUGAAGGAGGGCAGGCUGGAAGAGAGCGUUGCAUUGAGAAUAAUAACAGAGGGGGCUUCAAUUCUCCGACAGGAAAAAAAUUUGCUGGAUAUUGAUGCACCAGUCACAGUUUGUGGGGACAUCCAUGGACAAUUCUUUGACUUGAUGAAGCUUUUUGAAGUGGGGGGAUCUCCUGCCAACACUCGCUACCUCUUCUUAGGGGACUAUGUUGACAGAGGGUACUUCAGUAUCGAAUGUGUGCUGUAUUUGUGGGCCUUGAAAAUUCUUUAUCCUAAAACACUGUUUUUACUUCGUGGAAAUCAUGAAUGUAGACAUCUAACAGAGUAUUUCACAUUUAAACAAGAAUGUAAAAUAAAGUAUUCAGAACGCGUCUAUGACGCCUGUAUGGAUGCCUUUGACUGCCUGCCCCUGGCUGCCCUGAUGAACCAGCAGUUCCUGUGUGUCCACGGUGGUUUGUCUCCCGAGAUUAACACCUUAGACGAUAUCAGAAAAUUAGACCGAUUCAAAGAACCACCUGCUUAUGGACCUAUGUGUGAUAUCCUGUGGUCAGACCCCCUGGAGGAUUUUGGAAAUGAGAAGACUCAGGAACAUUUCACUCACAACACAGUCAGGGGGUGUUCGUACUUCUACAGUUACCCGGCUGUAUGUGAAUUCUUACAGCACAAUAAUUUGUUAUCUAUACUCCGAGCCCAUGAAGCCCAAGAUGCAGGGUAUCGCAUGUACAGGAAAAGCCAAACGACAGGCUUCCCUUCUCUAAUUACAAUUUUCUCAGCACCAAAUUACUUAGAUGUAUACAAUAACAAAGCUGCAGUAUUGAAGUAUGAGAACAACGUCAUGAAUAUCAGGCAAUUCAACUGUUCUCCUCACCCAUACUGGCUUCCAAAUUUCAUGGAUGUCUUCACUUGGUCCCUGCCAUUUGUUGGGGAAAAAGUGACUGAGAUGCUGGUAAAUGUGCUCAACAUCUGCUCAGAUGAUGAACUGGGGUCAGAAGAAGAUGGAUUUGAUGGUGCAACAGCCGCGGCCCGGAAGGAGGUGAUAAGAAACAAGAUCCGAGCAAUAGGCAAAAUGGCCCGAGUGUUCUCGGUUCUCAGAGAAGAGAGCGAGAGCGUGCUGACGCUGAAAGGCUUGACCCCCACGGGCAUGCUCCCCAGCGGAGUGCUUUCUGGAGGGAAGCAGACACUGCAAAGCGCUACUGUUGAGGCUAUUGAGGCUGAUGAAGCUAUCAAAGGAUUUUCACCACAACAUAAGAUCACUAGCUUCGAGGAGGCCAAGGGCUUAGACCGAAUUAAUGAGAGGAUGCCACCUCGCAGAGAUGCCAUGCCCUCUGACGCCAACCUUAACUCCAUCAACAAGGCUCUCGCCUCAGAGACUAACGGCACGGACAGCAAUGGCAGUAAUAGCAGCAAUAUCCAGUGACCACUUCCUGUUCACUUUUUUUUUUUUUUUUGAGCUGCAGGGCAUGAUGGGGAUUGCUGCAUAUCAGCAGUUGGAUGUUCUUGCCUCUGAUGGUAGCUUAUUUGCUCUGGGGGCCAGGAAUUGGAUUCAGUUUACACUAUCAUUAAAAAAGAGGGAUAGAGAUAAUAAACUAUAUUUUGGUGGGGGUGGUGAUUAAACACCUCUUUUGGGUAUGCCUUUUAAAAAUGCUUAUAGAAAAAAAAUUAGAAAGAAAGCUAAUGCUAGUCUAUACUGCAAUGUUAGGGGAAUGAACAUGUUUUCCUACUGCAUUGGGGACUUCUAGAUAGGUUAAUGAAAGGUCUUUUAUUAUGUUACUGGACACGAAAACUUUGUCUAAUUUCUUACUCUAUUGUACGUUUACAGUCGCAGCACUAAAAAUGGAUGACAUCAAACAUUUUUAACAAAAUGAUGUACAAACUAAAUAAGGACUAUUUAUUGAUAAUGUUUUGCUACUCUUGUCAGACAAUGGCUAUAAAAUGAAUUAGGCAGUCUUAAAAAAAAAACAGAAAAAGAAAAAAAAAGAAUGUUGCAAAUUUGUUAAAAUGCCAAAAAGGACAGUUUAAUUUUGUACAGAUUAUGCUUACCUCAGGUUUCUUUAGUGUGCUUGAAUGCCCUUCUUUCCAUAUAACACUUAUCUUAUUAAUUUAGCAAUGAGUAUCUUUUCUUUUCUUUAAGUUUUAAAAAAACUGGAAUAAUUACAUCUAUCUUUUUUUGCUGUUUAUAUUUAGGGUUUUUUUUGUUGAUAAAUCAAGUCUUGGUUGUGGCUUGCUGAAUUAAAUAUUUAUGAGUGGUGCAUUUUUAAGUAUAGUGAACAAGACACCAUAUUAAGUACAGUGAUAAAGCAUCUAUAUUCUGUAAAAAAAAAAAAUCUGCCUAUGCAUGUUUUUUAAGAAAAAAAAAAUGGCUGUAUCGGCCUGUAUGAGACUGUAACGCGCUUAGUGGUCUGACAUAUACUGGAAAUGUAUGUAUACUGGCGUACUUUAUAUUCUCUAAAUGCUUAAUGCCUUUGAAAUUUUGUAAUCAAAAAAGCUUUGAAAAAAUCUAAAGGGGAGAGUAUUCUUAAAAGUUUUUAACAUAAGCUUGUCAGUGCACAUAUAGACGGUUAGCAUGUUUAGCAAACCUUGUGAAAUUUAAAUAAGUUUGUAGUUACAUGUGAAACUCUAAAUGCAUGGUAACUGUUAAUGUCAUAACGGUUUAGUUAUUUUGUUCUGUUCUGUCAUGUGCCACAAAAUAUGUACUUUUUUCACUUUUUUCCCUUUGUAUAUCAGUUACGGGUUACAACUGGUUCAUUCUGAAACAACAACAAAAGUCCAUUCAUAUUUUUUAACAAUUGUAUAAGUGCCCAAGUAAUUCACUACAGCCUAAAGCCUUGCCUUUGUAAUUUGACUUCUGAAAUGUUGGCAAUCAAAGCAUGCACUUGUAACAAUGACAAAGAAAAAGCAUUUUAUAUUACUACUCAAUAAAAUGUGCAUGAACUUAAAGAACUCUCAUCCUUUCACUGAGUCUGCUGAAGGGAUUUCUGUGCACAACCACCAUGCUGUCUUCGAGGUGCUGGGCCCACCACCACACAUCACAGAUUUACUUAUUUAACAGGCUUCCUUCCCCAAGGGCCUGGUGAUCUGAGGUGUGGUGCCUACUUCCGCUGGAAGAAUCUUGGUGGCUCUGUGUCUCAAAUCAGCAAGAAAAAUAUAUUUAAAGAGCAAAUGCCAUCUUCUGGCUCCCUCAAAUGUGGGAGUCAGUUAAGAAACCAGAGCAUUCCUUUUUAUUGAAAAAAAAAAAAUUGUUAUCAGGUUGUUUCAGUUGUAUUGGAUGCCCUAUCUGCUCAAGCGAAAAGAACUAAGCGACUAAGUGCAUUUUCAUCACAGACGAGAGUUGCGUUUGUACUGAUAUGAAAUUUGUAUAUGGCGCUCCGGCUCAUAUCUAAUCACCUGAAGAUUUAAGAUACACCAAAUUGCAGUUUGUUUCUAACAUUGUUCAUUUUCAGUGCACUUUGUUUUAUGUAAUAAAGUAUGCCUGUUAUAUCAAAUAAUAAGAAUAUGACAAUUAGUGAUAUAGUGUACCAAAACAAAGAUGUUCUAGAUAUAUUCCCUGGCAAAGACUAUCCCAAAUUUAUUUUCAUGAAUACAAACAUUUUUCCCCCCUAUGGAUAUUUUUCCACCCUUAAAAAAAUGAUGUCCAAGGAAAAUAUUUAGAUGCAACUUAUUAGAAUGAUGUGGAAGAAGUGGUAAUUCUUGAUACCAAGGUGUUUCUUUUCAUUCUUAUAACUGUGGAGAAAAUAUCCUGACCAAAAAUUUUCAUUUUGGGGGAUUCCUUUCUUUUACAAAUUGUGCUGAGGCAACUGUGGCUUAGAAAUAAACAUUUGACAUUAAAAUAAGCAA